AUGGGCAAUCGUAAGCAAACUGUGUUUCAUAUCCAACCGGACUUCCAGGAGGCUCUCGAGGAUGAAUCUUUCUACAUUAACAUGGAUAGAUCUCUAACUGAGAUUCAAGAAUUUAGGUUUGACGUCUCCAAGAACGGUACUGUGUUUAGAUCCACCGAAAAUGCUGAUGAUACAUUCACGCAAUCUCAACAGGAUUCACAUCUAUAUUCGGCAAGAUUGGGGGACCAUAAGGUUCAAUUUCGUACCCCUACAUGGAAGCACACAAGUUCAGCCUCUGAUAUUGGUAAUGUCACAUCUAUAGAUGCCUUUGCACGGGCGAAUGAUGUUGCUUCUUAUAUUGUUGGGAAUGAAGAAGGGUCUAUAUCAUUAUAUGAUUCGCAAUUUAGUCAUGAAUGGACACAAGAGGAUGCACAUUGUAGUGAAAUUACCACUUUAAAAUUCUUUCCUAGUGGUGAAGUGGUUCUAUCUGGUUCUUCAGAUAUGCAAUUGAAACUUUGGUCCAUAAAGGAUGCAUCAUGUCCCCGAAUAUUUAGGGGCCACACUAGUAAGAUUACUGAUUCUGUAUUGAUUGAAAGAGGAAGGGAUUUCGUUUCUUCUUCGUUGGAUGGUACCAUGAAAUUAUGGGAAUGUGGUUCUGGGAGCACGGUAAGAACUUUUAUGAGAAGGGAAAACCCUAAUGACGGUAUAAAUUCAAUGGCAUUAAUUGCAGAUUCUAACACGACAACAAUUGAUACGACAACGAAGGGAUCAAACUUAGAUUUUGGUACACAAGGGAAAAAAGUCGUUGCAGGUCAUGUAUCAGGUGUCAUUACCAUCCAUGAUAUCCUCACAAAAGAAUCCACGAUACAAUUUCCAAGUGAAUAUAUGGCGCCAUGUAACAGCAUUUCGAGAAAUCCAUGCGAUAAUAACUACUUAUAUGCUGGGUAUGAAACAGGUCAUGUCGCACUAUGGGAUAUAAGAUCGGCGGUUUCUCCGGUGGAUACAAUAACAAUUAAUGAAGGUCUCCCAAUAAAUUCCAUCUAUUGUCAUGGUUCAAAUAAAUUAGCAAUAUCAUCAGGCCCAGAUACCUCCGUAAUGAUAGAUUUGAAACAAGAUAAUAAGAAGUUUCAAGAGGAUACACCUACAUACUUAGUAAGUGAGGACACUAGAAUAUCCAAGUUUAUUUCUGAUCCAACGAGGAAUGCGCUACAUGUCGUGGGAGAUCAUGGUUUCUGGGCAUAUUUCACAACUUAA